GUUGCCGAUCUGCCGGUGGUAAUAUAUCAAUCUGACAUGUCGGUCGGACGGCGAGGGAGGAGCCGCUGACGUGAAAUUGGUCAUACUCAUGAUCGGUCGUUGAAUGUAUGGUGCAACAAAUGUGGAAUAUGUUACUCUAUACUAUAGAGUUAUAGAACGUAAAGUAAGUGAAUGAUUGAACGAAUAAUUUGACAGUAAAAAAAUAAUACAAAAACAAAAUGUCAGAUUACUUGCUUCUGUCUGAGAUUAAGUGAGAUUUAUCGUCGAUAUAUUUUAAGAAAUGCUCUUUUCCCUGCUAAAAAUCUUUGUUGAUUCUUUAGAUAGUAUUUACAAAAUCUGAAUAAAUCCAUCUAGUGAAUAAUAAAGGUGUUCGAAAUUGGAUGAUACGACGAAGUGCUACGAAAUUGAAAUGUUGAAGUAAACUUAUUAUCAGGAAUUUAAUGAAAUCGCACGCAGCCCCGAUGCCUACGAGCAUCAGGAAAUGUAAGGCAACAUGUAUGACAUGUUGUCAGAGUUCCGAGUAUCUGAAUUCGAUUCCUUUGUGGAUAUACUGAAGUUAACUUCUGGUGACCCUCUGGACACAUUUGGCGAGAUGUGGUACCCUGUGUUUUUGUGGUCCUUGUGUUCUUCUGUGUUCGUGCAUACCUGCGCUGCUCUCGUGUCGUUUGGAACCCUUAGAAAACAUAAAUAUGGAAAGUUUUUCCCUGUUCUCUUAAUAGUGUUUGGUGUUAUAAACCCAGUGACUUCUGGCGUCGCAAGUAGCGCCGCAAUUGCGUUCAUAUACCGAGCCGCUAACUUAGCCAUGCCCCCCAUACAUGCUAUGAUAUGGGGAAUUGGACAGACUGUACUGGGAGCGGGGAUUGGUUUCACAAGGAUUCUAGCAACAUUGUAACCCAAUUAUAGUUUUUGAUUAGUUAAUUAAUAAUAUGUACCUCCUUUUAAAGUAAUAAUAGUCCAAGAAAGAAAAUGAAAAGUCAAUUAUUAUAGUUAUUUGUAUAUGGGAAUCAUAAAGGAAAGGUGCUUAUAUGUAUAUUGAUGCUGGAUUCUCAUGUAUGAAAUCCCAUGUUAUGUAUAAUCAGACAGCAUGUUUAAUACUCACUAGUUGUACUUUGAUACACCUGCUGUAUUGUUUGAUUGUCCUAAACCCAUAAAAAUGUUUGUAUAUUGCAAUAAAAUAGUGGUCUUAAAAUAUGAACUUAAUUUUUCAAUGACAAGUCAACAAUUAUGUAUAGAGAAUAAUUGGUGUGGCUAUGUAAUAUCUAGUUAACAGUAUUACGGCCUAUAGGUAAUUGGUAGAGGUGUUAAACACUGUAUGGAUUGAAGUUGCUUGUAAAUAGUGUAAAGUACUCCUUUUAUUAUGACUGAUACUCUGCAAUACUAUGUAUGUACUCCCUUAUAUUCCAUCCUUCAUGUAUAAAAGGAGAUACAUUCCAUAAAUUAUCACUUUAACUUAUUAUAUUACUAUUAGUUGUCUGAAAGUAAUGUAAGUCUAAAAUUUUGACUUUUAAGGUUUCAUACAUUAUGUAAUAAAUUGCUCAUAUUUAUUUUUUAUAUGAAAGACUUCAUUAGACCCACCGAUAGGUCCAUUACAAUUUAACAUCAAAAUAGUUUCCUUAUGACAUCAUAAUUAGAAAUGUUUAUUUAUAGAUUUUAAUGCCAAAAACACUUGCUAUAAUAGUCAAACUUGGUAUGCACAAAUACUUAUGUUAUCUUUGCAUACUUGAAACCUAUGUACUUACAUACAACUAUAGAAUCAUUAAGAUGAAACAUUUUGUAUAAGCUCAACAUUACUAGAAAUAGGUGGUAAUGAUAAGCCACUGCAUAUUCCUGUUUGUGUACUUUCAAGCAAUAAGUGGUGGGGGCUAUAUUUAGUUUUAUUUUGAUCCUAGUCACCAUGGCAACAUAGUUAAAUUAUUUUUUAAAUUGAUAUUAUUCAAAAAAAUAAUUGCUUAUGAAGUUAUGUUAUACAAUGUUUUGUCUAAUUAUUUUUUUAACUGGUGACAUAAACUUCCUAUUAUUAUUAUUGUAAUAUAGUGCAGAUAUGAAAAAUCAUUGUUUAAAUGUACAGUGUUUUAUAUUCGGCAAAGCUAGUGUGAUUAUUUUUCAUUGUCGAUAUUUAGAUAAUGUAUUUUAUUAUAAGUCUUGGUAAUGGAGGAAUAAUUUUCCAUAUUUAUCCAAAGGUAAUAAACAACUUGAAUUUUGUAUAUUA